AUGUUCACGCAACUUCUGAAGUACGGCGCGAUCGCCAUUGGUUCAGUUGGGGCACUCUAUCUCGGCCUCCUGGGCCUUCUAACGACGUCAUGGUUCCAGUCUCAUGUUGUGUACUUGCACGCGAUCCAGAUGACUUGGGGAAAGGAUCUUGAUAUGCCAGAGGUCUUUGGUUUCCUACACAAUCAAGUCACACCUUUCGAGAUCAAUUCCCUCGACGGCACCGCUCUCUAUGCCUGGCACAUCCUCCCUGUUGGCCUAUACCGCAAGAAUGAGCAAACGCUAUUGGGAGAGGACUCGGGACUGGUAUCGGACUUUACGUUGCGAACAGCCUUCAGACUGCUUCGCGAGGACCCCGAAGCUAGACUAGUCAUUCACCUUCACGGAGCAGGAGGUACCGUUGCAUCUGGCUAUCGAUGUCCCAACUACCGCGCUCUGUCAGCAGGGCAGCCUGAAAAGAUGCACGUCCUGACCUUCGACUAUCGAGGCUUCGGCCGCAGUCCCGGGACUCCCUCCGAGCGCGGCGUCAUCCUCGAUGCUCUAUCAGUCUCAGACUGGGCCACGAAUGUAGCCAACAUCCCGCCCGAUCGCAUAGUCUUUUACAGUCAAUCUCUGGGCACAGCGGUCAAUAUGGCGGUAGCAGAACACUACGCGAAGCAAGAUCCGCCAACCAUAUUCGCCGGCCACAUCCUAACAGCACCAUUCGUAGACUUCCCUACCUUAGUAUCUACAUACAGCGUGGCUGGCACAAUCCCAAUCCUCGGUCCACUGGCUCGAUAUCCGACUGUUUUCACGUAUCUCAAGUCGUACAUUCGGGACAAGUGGUCUACAAAGGAUCGCAUCGCAUCAUAUGUCGCCGCGGCGGAAGCCAACAGCAAGAGCUACCGCAUCACGAUCUUACAUGCCGAAGAUGAUUACGACAUCCCUUGGACGCAUACUCCCACCCUCUUCUGGCAUGCUGUGCGAGCCACGAAGUCUAUGGACAUUACUUUCGACGAGCUCGAAGCGGAGAAGGCAAAGCGUAGGGUUGACCUGGGAGGCGCAGGUAAUGUGGUGGAAUGGCAGACGGAGCAUGGUGUCAUCAGAGAAGAGGUUCUGAAGUUCGGACUCCACGAUGUCAUUAUGGGCAAUCCUAUUGUGACGUUGGCGGUUAUGAGGAUGUUUGAGGGAAACUCGUGA